GAGCAGAACGCCCAAGAGCUCCACGCCACAUCAAGGAAGCUUUCGAGUGCACCGGAUCCACGCGCUUGCCUCAUCCCCCUUUCAACCGUGCAGAUCGAGACGGCUUCCACAUUGGGCUCCCACUGACGAGCACCAAGCUCGAGAUAUGGGGUGUAGGCUCCCGAAAUUGCGCAAAGCCGAAGAGACGCAAAGCCCCGGUAACAUCUACUCCACGCUAAGAAGGCCUCAGGUGGAGACCAAGGUGGGCGUGGCCUAUACGUACCACUUCCUGGAUUUUCUGUUGGGGAAAGAAGGUAAAUAAAAGCUUAGAAGGUGCCCGGUGUCGUCGGUGCUUUGCCUGUCUUCAGUCCGAGAACUUCCCGUCCAGGUCCGGGAGCUUUACGCGCAAGGUUUCGUCCUGGUUUCCGUCCACCCGUUUGUGCACCCUUGCGGGCCGCAUCACGCCCGCAUCCAGCGGCAGCUCCAUCGGGCCGUGCUGGUGCGAGAAACCCCAAGUUGCCACGAGAAAAGAUGGUGGAAGCAUCGUCUGGAGACGGACGUGUGCGCGGCCGGUCAUCAGGCGGCUGACCCGGAGGUGAUCCAGAACUACGUCAAGAGAAUCCAGGAUGUAGCAGAGCAAGGCGUGAUGUUUGUGGGCUUUCUCCAGCAGCCAGGAGGGGCACCUUGCUUCACGACAAACUGGGACCCCGAUGAGUUAUCCUCCUUACACUCCAGCCCGUCUCCCAUCCACCGACACCCCCUCAGCUCUAAAUCCAGCCCGACAGAUCCUUCAGAACCGAGCGGUAAUGAUUCUGAGCCGGGCGACGUCCCCUUUGAUUCUCCAGAGCUAAAUCAUGAAAGUGGAGAACAUGCUCGACGGGAUCGCAAGGCUUCACUGAGCUCAGAGGCAGACUUGCCCACUCGACCUUCAGAAGUCAACCCAAAGGGAUCCGAUGAAGCAAUUGAAGCGGCAAACCCAUCUUCAUAUCGCAGAGACCAAGUAUGCGAAAGUCAGACCCUAAAUGGACAAGAGGAACGGAGCCCGUCGGAACUCGGACUAUCCUCCGAGAGGCAUUUUAAAGGUCCAAGUCGGCCAGACCAUAAAGAAUCAGACCUGACUUGGAAUAACAACCACAUUUGCGUGAAAAAUUCCCAAACCGGGAAGGAUGACUUCUCCGCGCAGGCUCGACUUCAACUGUUUGCCUUAUACAACUCUACGGGAGAACUCAACACGUCUUUGAGGUUCUACUCGCUUAGGGUGCCCUUACGAGUUCAAAAGGAGGCGGGGCUUGUCACCGACGUGGACGGUGAUUGGCUCGACCACAUGACUCAGCACUUUACCAACGGCGCUCAACUCAUUGAUGGCUUCUUCCACCUCAGAGACGAUCACGAUAACGAGGUUUCAUCCGUAGACAGCGUGUUCAUCUUCCAUAACUCGACCGAGGAGACCACCAGCGCCUCGUACGACGCCAUCGUGGUCGAGCAGUGGACGGUCAUCAAUGGUGUGGUGGUGAAGGCCGACUACGUCCCGCUGUUGCAAUCUCUGGCUCCUUAUGGAUGGAGACUCAUGUGUGUGUUACCCACACCCAUUGUCAAGACCAACAGUGAUGGGAGUUUGUCGACUAAGCAAAUCCUCUUCCUUCAGAGGCCUGUUUUGCAGCGCAAGAGAAAAGACUUUAAGAUGCUGAACCUCCGAGGUCGCCACAAGACAAAAAAACACUCAUGCGGAGAAAUGCUGGAGGAGGGCGAGGACAGGUCCCUCGUCUCGGAGACGGAGAUGGGCAAGUUGAGACACAUCAAGGAGGACCACGUCGAGGGUAGGAAGAACUGGACCACGGAAGGAUGGCGGGAGGAAGCCGAAGAAGAAAAGGACCUCUCCUUCCUCUCGGGCAGCCUGGCGUCCGUCGAGGGCGAGGAAGAGGAGGAGACGGAUAUUGACAGUGUUCUCACGUCCAAGCGGGAAAAGUCGGUGAGAUGGACAGAGGUGUGCCAGCGAGGAGGCAAAGAGGAGGUAAAGCCGGACGAACGCAUCAAACAUCAACUCUUUUCCGGUGUCUGCUGAAAAAACUGAUUUUAAUUGACAAAAACAAAAUCGGUAGUGACGAAAUUGACUGAAUAGGAAUUAGUGUUGUGCUGCUUUUUUUUUUGGCUCACUGUCGCUAAUUGAUGUGCUUUGAAAAUAGGAGACAAAACAUUUUUGUCUAGUUUGCUACUAUUGAAGAACACGCCACCGCUAGGAAUGUCGUAUGGAAAUUAGUCUACUUUGUAUACUAGAACACGUUAUGGUCAUGUGACCCAAAGUAAAAGACUUUAUAUUACUUGUUUUGAGUCAACUGGCAUCCAUGUUUUAAAAAUUUGACAUUUAGCGAAAGAUGAAAAAUGUCGGUACCAUGUUGUGCAAGUGGAGCUGUGUAUUUGGGUAAAGUGACUCUGUAAAAUAGGAAUUGUGUAUAGUGCUAUUUAUUUCUUAUUUUGUGCUGUGUCGAACAUGUAUUUACAUAAAAGUAAAUGAAGCAUUUCACGCAGCUUCCCCGUCGUUUAUUUCAUUCAAUCGUCACAUUACGGCGUACAUUUCCCUCAUGGAACAACUCAAAUGAUUCGACAAUGGCGGUCCCGCUGAGUCGCUCGCGUUGGUCUCCGUGGGGGGGUUUAAGGAUGUGGACCAAUCGGAGGCCACCUGGAAGGCUCCAUUAUAGUUACGCUGUGGGUUUCUCACUGAGCCAUGUAAUACUGCUUGCUUGUGUGGAAAAGUCAGAAGACAGCUCGGCCAAAAUGGUGGAAAAUGUAGAUGAGCACUCAAGCACACAAUAUGUAAAUAAAUAAAAGCAUUUACAUGUAAAGUGUAGUUCAAACAUAGGAAAUUGCUUUGAGUCAAUAAAUAUUUGGACCCGCUGCCUGACUUAAAAACAUCUUCACAGAUAGAAUGAAAUCAACGUGCAGGUUCCGACGGUUGGCCGAGAACUUCCACUUCGCCUGAUUAAUUUUGUCGCCUUUUAAUUCCUCCCACACAAA